AUGGGCCUCCCCAGCCUGUCCUGGAUGCUGCUCUCCUGCCUGAUGCUCCUGUCUCAAGUCCAAGGGGAAGAUUCCCAGAAGGAACUGCCCUCUGCACGGAUCAGCUGUCCGAAAGGCUCCAUGGCCUAUGCGUCCUACUGCUAUACCUUGUUUAUAACACCCAAACCUGGAUGGAUGCAGACAUGAAUGACCUGCCAGAAGAGGCCCUCAAGCCACCUUGUGUCUGUGCUCAGUGGGGCUGAGGGAUCCUUCGAGGUCUCCCUUCUCAAGAACAAUUUGAAAAUCUUCUCAGACAUCUGGAUUGGGCUCCAUGACCCCACAGAGGACUCUGAGCCCAAUGCCAGUGGAUGGGAGUGGAGUAGUACUGAUGUGCUCAAUUACGUUGCCUGGGAGCGAAAUCCAGCCACCAUCUCAAACCCUGGCUACUGUGAGAGACUGUCAAGAAACACAGGGUAUCUGAAGUGGAGAGAUUAUAACUGUUAUGUGAACUUACCCUAUGUCUGCAAGUUCACGGAUUAG